AUGGGGUGCAUUAAAAGCAAAGAAGAUAAAGGUCCAGCCAUGAAAUACAGAACUGAUAAUACUCCAGAACCUGUUAUUUCCCACGUCAGCCAUUAAGGAUCAGACUCCAGCCAAGCAACACAGUCACCGUCAAUAAAGGGAUCAGCAGUUAAUUUUAAUAGUCAUUCCAUGACUCCUUUUGGAGGGCCCUCAGGAAUGACACCCUUUGGAGGAGCAUCAUCUUCAUUUUCAGCUGUGCCAAGUCCAUAUCCUAGUACUUUAACAGGUGGUGUUACUGUAUUUGUGGCCUUAUAUGAUUAUGAAGCUAGAACUACAGAUGACCUUUCAUUUAAGAAAGGUGAACGGUUCCAGAUAAUAAAUAACACGGAAGGAGACUGGUGGGAAGCAAGAUCCAUUGCUACGGGAAAAACAGGCUACAUCCCAAGCAAUUAUGUAGCUCCUGCAGACUCCAUUCAAGCAGAAGAGUGGUAUUUUGGUAAGAUGGGCAGGAAGGACGCAGAAAGGCUACUUCUAAAUCCUGGGAACCAGCGUGGUAUUUUCUUAGUAAGAGAGAGUGAAACCACUAAAGGUGCUUACUCCCUUUCUAUACGUGACUGGGAUGAGGUCAGAGGGGAUAAUGUGAAACACUACAAAAUCAGAAAACUUGACAAUGGUGGAUACUAUAUCACAACCAGAGCACAAUUUGAAUCUCUACAGAAGCUUGUGAAACACUACAGAGAACAUGCCGAUGGGCUGUGUCAUAAGCUAACAACUGUGUGUCCCACUGUGAAACCACAAACACAGGGACUAGCAAAAGAUGCCUGGGAAAUCCCUAGAGAAUCUUUGAGGCUGGAAGUUAAGUUGGGCCAAGGAUGUUUUGGUGAAGUAUGGAUGGGAACAUGGAAUGGAACCACAAAAGUAGCAAUCAAGACACUAAAACCUGGUACAAUGAUGCCAGAAGCUUUCCUGCAGGAGGCUCAGAUCAUGAAGAAAUUACGACAUGACAAGCUUGUUCCGCUGUACGCAGUUGUUUCUGAGGAACCAAUCUACAUCGUCACAGAAUUCAUGACAAAAGGCAGCUUGCUAGACUUCCUUAAAGAAGGAGAAGGGAAAUACUUAAAACUCCCACAGCUGGUCGACAUGGCUGCUCAGAUUGCUGAUGGCAUGGCUUACAUUGAAAGAAUGAACUACAUCCACAGGGAUCUCCGGGCAGCUAACAUUCUUGUAGGAGACAAUCUUGUGUGUAAAAUAGCAGACUUUGGUUUAGCAAGGUUAAUAGAGGACAAUGAGUACACUGCAAGACAAGGAGCUAAAUUUCCAAUUAAAUGGACCGCUCCAGAAGCAGCAUUGUAUGGUCGGUUUACAAUCAAGUCGGAUGUGUGGUCAUUUGGAAUUUUACUGACAGAGCUGGUAACAAAAGGGAGAGUGCCAUAUCCAGGAAUGGUGAAUCGGGAAGUUCUGGAACAAGUGGAACGUGGAUAUAGGAUGCCUUGCCCACAAGGCUGCCCCGAGUCUCUCCAUGAGUUGAUGAAACUGUGUUGGAAGAAGGACCCUGAUGAGAGACCAACAUUUGAAUAUAUACAGUCUUUCUUGGAGGACUACUUUACUGCUACAGAACCACAGUACCAGCCUGGAGACAAUUUAUAAGCCAACAGUCUAUAUAACAUGCACAAAUCUGCCAAAUGUAAAAGACUUGCAAAGAAUUCCUGACAUCUAUAAGGAAUCAAAGGAACGAAAAUCUUC